AUGGGAUCUCUGUUGAAUCUCCCUAUGAUUGUGGGGGGAGACUUUCACUGUUUCCUAAAUCAGGGUGAGAAGAAGGGCGGUAGAAGAUAUAGCUACUCAGAGGGGGCUCAAAAAAUAGUUGAAUUCCUGGUAGACAACGACUUGCAUGAUUUGGGUUUCUUGGGACCCAAAUACACUUGGUCAAACAACAAGAGUGGUAACAGUAAAAUUUGGGUGAGGCUUGAUAGAGUAUUAAUGAAUUCAGAAGGUCUUCGAUUAGAUUCAUUGGCCAUGGUAAAGCAUCUCAUUUGGCUUGCUUCAGACCAUUGUCCGUUAUUACUGAAUUUAACUUCAAAAAUGUUGAGACCUGGAUGCAGAUGGUUUAGAUUUGAAGAUAACUGGAUGACGUAUCCUGUAACGUGGAAGCUUAUUUGGAAGAAUUGGAAUAAACAGGAUUAUGGGAAACCUAGAGAGGUUCUGAACCAAAAGUGCAACAGGACUCUUAAGGCGUUGUUUUUCUGGAGUAGAAAUUGGUUAAAAGAGCUAGGUGAGCUGAAGAUUUCCUUGGAAGGGCGUAUUAAAGAACUAUAA